CCGACCGCCAUGGAGGCUGACGAGAAGAUCAAAUGCCUUCAGGAGUUCCCGGAACAUCAUAAAAUGAUCCUGGACCGAUUAAAUGAACAGCGACAGCAGGAUCGGUUUACUGACAUCACCCUGAUUGUCGAGGGACACCAUUUUAAGGCCCACAAGGCUAUUUUGGCUGCUUGCAGUAAGUUCUUCUACAAUUUCUUUCAGGAGUUUACUCAGGAAACUUUGGUGGAGAUAGAAGGUGUUAGUAAAAUGGCCUUCCAUCAUUUAAUUGAGUUCGCAUACACAGCAAAAUUAAUGAUACAAGGAGAAGAAGAAGCCAAUGAGGUAUGGAAAGCAGCAGAGUUCCUACAAAUGCUAGAAGCUAUCAAAGCCCUUGAAGUCAGGAACAAAGAAAACUCCGCUCCACUAGAGGAAAAUACCACAGGAAAAAGUGAGGCAAAAAAAAGAAAGAUUGCAGAAACUUCAAAUGUUAUCACUGAGUCAUUGCCCUCUGCAGAAUCAGAACCUGUUGAAAUUGAGGUGGAGAUUGCUGAAGGCAUAAUUGAAGUGGAAGAUGAAGGCAUCGAAACGUUGGAGGAAGUGGCUUCUGCCAAGCAGUCCAUAAAGUACAUUCAGAGCACAGGGUCCUCUGAUGAUUCUGCCCUGGCACUUUUGGCAGAUACUACCAGCAAGUCCCGGCGAGGUGAUAGAAAAGGGCAGAUAAAAGAAGAUGGUUGUGCAUCUGACCCCACAAGCAAACAGGAACACAUGAAAUCACACUCCACUGACAGUUUCAAGUGUGAAAUAUGCAAUAAAAGGUAUCUUCGGGAGAGCGCAUGGAAACAGCACCUCAACAGUUACCACCUCGAAGAAGGUGGAGUCAGUAAGAAGCAAAGAACUAGGAAAAAAAUUCACAUAUGUCAAUACUGUGAGAAACAGUUUGACCACUUUGGACAUUUUAAAGAGCAUCUUCGAAAACAUACAGGUGAAAAACCUUUUGAAUGUCCAAAUUGUCAUGAACGAUUUGCUAGAAAUAGCACCCUCAAAUGUCAUCUGACUGCAUGCCAGACUGGAGUACGGGCAAAAAAGGGAAGAAAGAAGCUUUAUGAAUGCCAGGUCUGUAACAGUGUGUUUAACAGCUGGGACCAGUUCAAAGAUCAUUUGUUAAUACNACACACUGGAGAUAAACCCAACCAUUGUACUUUAUGUGACUUGUGGUUUAUGCAAGAAAAUGAAUUAAGGAUGCAUCUCAGUGAUACUCACAAUAUUUCAGAGUGUCUAGUAACUGAAGAAGUUCUUUCAGUAGAAACACGUGUGCAAACUGAACCUGUGACGUCAAUGGCUAUUAUAGAACAAGUUGGGAAGGUGCAUGUGUUACCAUUGCUUCAGAUUCAGGUGGAUUCAACACAAAUGACUGUGAAACAGGUCCCUCCUGAUCUGCUCCAGGACAGCCAAGUGCAUGAUUCACAUAUGAGUGAUCUUCCAGAGCAGGUCCAGGUGAGUUAUCUAGAAGUGGGUCAAAUUCAGACUGAAGAAGGUACUGAAGUACACGUGGAGGAGCUGCACGUCGAGCAGGUAAAUCAGUUGCCAGUAGAAGUACAGACUGAACUUCUAGAAGCCGACUUGGAACAAGUGACCCUUGAAAUCAUGAACCAGGAGGAGAGAGAGCCCACCCAAGCAGAUUGCACUGAGGCUGGCAGGGAAGAUCGCAAAGAUGCUGAUGGUUUAGAGACCAAAUCAACAGUGGAUUCCCGAGCUGAAAGGGCAGGGAAUGAGAACAGAACACCUAUGCCUGUUUUAGAAUGA